AGCGUUAAAAAAUAAUAAUAAUCACAAUUAAUUCACUCAUAUCAAUUGACCAAAAAAACAAAUUCACUCAUAUCAAAAGAUUUUGAAGCGCAAAAUCACUCAAACAAAGCAACCAUCAUGGUUGGCCAAUUUGGGCUGCUUGAAGCUGCUAAUAAUAAAGCAUGGUGGGCUUGAUGCUUGAAUGCCUUUAACUUUAAUACAUGAUCAUAAGCUCAAUGGGCAGAAAUGCACGGCCUCUGCAUUACGAAGGGCAUAUUUGUUUUUAUAUUUGAUGUAGCAUCUAGAUGUAGCAUUUGAAUACUAUCUAGAUACUGCAUAUACAUGUUAUUCAUUUUUAUAGUUAGUAUUUUACAUUCAGAUAUUAAAUUGUUCAUUUUUAUUUUAUAAAAUCAUUUGAAAAGUAGUAGUUAAAAAGAAAAAAAUGACAUAGUUUUUAUUGCGGAAAAAUUCGAUUUACGGUUUUGGUGGGAAAUUAUAAUUUUUUGAUUUGAGAGGAAAACAUGAAUUUAUGGUUUUGACGUGUUUUUUGAUAGGAAAACACGAUUUUUGGUUUUGGAGAGAAAAGCGAUAUCCGAUUUUGGCGGGAAACACGAUUUCUGGUUUUGACGGAGUAGAAAAACUCGAUUUUACGGUUUUAGUGGAAAACAAAAAAAAUACAGUUUUAGUAGGAAAACAUUAUUUUACGGUUUUGGUGGGAAAACAUAUUUUUUGGGUUUGACGAGAAAACAUAAUUUUUUGGGUUUGACGAGAAAUUGCGGUUUUUUUUUUUUUUGGAAAAAAAAUAUAAUUUUUGAUUUUGAUGGGAAAUUGUGAUUUUUCAGUCUUAGUGAAAAAAACACAAUUUUACUGUUUUGACGGAAAAACAAGAUUUUCUGGUUUCGGCAAAAAAAACACAAUUUUCCGAUUAAAAGUAUUAUAUAAUAAUUAUAAUAACUAAUUGAAUUAUUUUUUCAUUUAUAUAAAGGUUAUUUAGUUUUUUUUUAGAUGCAAAUGUAGUAUCCAAUCUUUACAUUUUUUGCAUCUCAAAAUAUCUAGAUAUUUUAAAUUUUGUAUGUAAAUACUGAUACAAUAGUGUCCAAACGAACGUCUGAAUAUCAGCAUUCAAAUACAACGUCUGGAUAUAAUAACAAACAUGGCCUAAUUCUUUUUGAAUCUUCAAGGCUUUUGGAAUCCUUAAUUAGAGGACAACCAUGUGAGUAUCAUCGUCUCCCACACAAUUUUUUAUCCAAAUUUGGAGUUCUUUUACGUGUUCUCCAUAUUUAAAUUGUAAACAAUACAAUUUUCUGCUGUGAUACUCAUUUGACUUCUUAUACAUCGCACAUUGCAUCACAUGCCUUUUAGCUCUCGAGUUUCACAAUGUCUUAGAUAUAAAAUGACUGAAUCAUUUCUACAUCCUCUGUUUUUUUUCCUUCUUUUGACCUUUUGCACUUAAUGUCUUCCUCAAAGUCAAUGAUCUCUGGCCUAACAUGGAUGAUAAUCAUGAUGAUGAUGAUGCAAGAAUGUAGAAGCUGCACUGAAAGUGAAAGGCAAGGUUUGUUAGAGCUCAAGGCCUAUUUUCUCUCGUUAAGUAGUGAUAUACAUCCUGACAUUGCUCGAGGAUGGAGGACGACUAGUAGACGCUCUUGUUGCAGUUGGAGAAGAGUCAAGUGUGACCUGAACAACAAACGCGUGACUGGACUCUCCCUUGGGGAUUUAUAUCCAUCAGGUUACUCAGACACUCUUCCUAUACUGAACCUAACCUUUUUGUAUCCUUUUGAGGAGCUUCAGAGUCUCAAUCUGUCGAUGAGUAGCUUGGGAGGCUGGUUCGACCAAACACAAGGUUAUAAGAGCCAUGAAAGAUUCAGACAUCUUGAGAUUCUUGAUCUCAGUUACAAUUUUUUCAACAGGAGUGUUUUUCUUUUAUUGAAUGAGGUUGUGUCGCUCAAGACUUUGUUUCUUGGUGGCAACUAUAUUGGAAGUGACUUUCAUGUGAAAGAACUGAUUAAUCUGAAAAAUUUGGAGCUACUAGAUCUAAAGCUCAACAAUAUCAGCGGCCAUUUACCAGGAAAAGAGCUCACCAAACUGAAGAAGCUCAAAGCUUUGGAUCUAAGUGAGAAUCUAUUAUCUGGUUCACUGCAGAUGACAGGACUUUGCAAACUACAGCAGUUGCAAGAGCUUCAAGUUAGUCAAAACAGAUUUGUUGGUGAAAUCCCUCUCUGUUUCUCAAUAUUCUCCAAACUCCGAGUUCUUGAUCUUUCAUCAAAUCACCUAAGUGGGAAGCUUCCACCUUUCAUUAGUAACUUCAAAUCCAUGGAGUACUUAUCGCUACACGAUAACAACUUUGAAGGCUUGUUCUCUUUGGAUUUGAUCUCUGAGUUGACAGAGCUCAAGGUUUUCAAACUCUCUUCCAAGUAUAGUAUGCUGCAAGUAGUAGAGACAAGUGCUUCUUCCACUGGCCUAAAAUCUCAGCUAAGGAGUCUCACAUUGUCAAACUGCAACCUGUCUAACAUCCCCGGUUUUCUCCGGUAUCAGAAGGAACUGAGGGUACUAGAUCUCUCCAGCAACACGCUAUCCGGAGCCUUCCCCACUUGGCUGCUAAAGAAUAACACAAAGCUUCAGGUUCUGUUAUUGCAGAACAACUCAUUCAACAUCCUUACAUUUCCAAGACUUCACAAGUUACAGUUUCUUGAUCUUUCAGCUAACAACUUCAACCAUCAACUCCCCAAAAAUAUCGGUUUGAUGCUUCCGAGGUUAAGACAUUUGAAUCUCUCAAACAAUGAGUUUCAUGGGAACAUGCCUUCCUCUGUAGACACAAUGGAAUAUCUUGAGUUUAUGGACUUAUCAUACAACAACUUCUCAGGGAAGUUGCCAAGAGACCUCUUCACUGGUUGCUAUUCACUGAAGUGGCUUAAGCUAUCUCACAACAGCUUCACUGGUCCAAUCAUUCCAAGAUCUAGUGAAGAGACGUCGUUGAUGACUUUGAUCAUGGACAAUAACAUGUUUACUGGGAAGCUCACAGAAAAUCUACGCAACUUAAGACUCUUGACAGUGAUAGACUUAUCCAACAACUUCCUCACAGGUACCAUUCCAAGAUGGUUAGGUGGUUUCUUCUUAGACAUUCUAAGGAUCUCAAACAACCGUUUACACGGCGUAAUACCUCCGUCUCUGUUCAACAUACCAUACCUAUGGCUAUUAGACCUCUCAGGAAACUUCUUGUCCGGUACCUUACCGCUGCGGUCUGACUCGGACUACGGUUAUAUAUUGGACUUACACGACAACAAUCUCACCGGUUCUGUUCCAGACACGUUGUGGAAAGGACUGGUUCUGCUUGAUUUGAGGAACAACAGACUGUCUGGAAAUAUUCCCCGGUUCAUGAGCACACCAAGCAUCGAUGUUGUUCUGUUGAGAGGGAAUAACUUGACUGGCAAGAUACCCGUUGAGCUUUGCGGUUUAAUAACCCUAAGAAUGUUGGAUCUUUCUCACAACAUGUUGAGUGAGUCCAUACCUUCUUGUCUCAGUAAUCUAUCAGGAGAUGGUGGUAAUGAUCCAGAUUGGUAUCCAGCAAACAUGUUCUCAAACUUUAUGGAUGUGUACACCGAAGUGUAUUACGAGUCUUUACUUGUGUCGGAACGGUUUGGUCUAGACUACUUGGUAGAUUUUAAAGUCCAAGUCGAGUUUGCUGUGAAACAGAGAUAUGACUCGUACAUGAGAGGAACUCUCAACCAGAUGUUUGGUCUUGAUCUGUCGAGUAAUGAGUUAAACGGUGAGAUACCUGAAGAGCUAGGAGAUCUUAAGAGAGUACGUUCACUGAACCUGUCACGGAACUCAUUGUCUGGUUCUAUACCUGGAAGGUUUUCAAAUCUUAAAAGCAUAGAGAGCUUGGAUGUUUCUUUUAAUAAGCUACAUGGACCCAUACCUUCACAACUCACAAUGCUGCAGUCUCUUGUUGUCUUUAAUGUUUCUUACAACAAUCUAUCAGGUGUGAUUCCGCAAGGUAAACAGUUCAACACCUUUGGUGAGAAUAGUUACUUAGGUAAUGUUCUUCUCUGUGGAUCACCUACCAAUAAAAGCUGUGGUACUACAAUGAGCUCAGGAGAAAAAGGAGAAGAGGAAGAAGAUGAUAAAAGUGGAUUGAUUGAUGUUGUGGUCUUGUGGUGGAGCCUUGGUUCCACAUAUGUCACUGUUUUGAUUGGGUUUAUGGUGUUUAUGUUCUUUGAUUCUCCAUGGCGCCGAGCAUGGUUCUGCCUUGUUGAUGCGCUUAUUGACCGUAUAAAAUAUCUACUCGGAGAUAUCUAGAGAGGGUUCGAGGAAGAUGUAUUUUGAUAAAUUAUCCAAACUUAUUAUUGAUUGUUGAAUGCAACCAUCUCAAAAUCAUUUACAUGGGAUUCAAAAAAUUUCUUUGAUAUUUAGAAGUCAUAGGUGAAUGUAGGCAUGGGCACAUUUAUCGGAAACCGAGAAACCGCCAACUGACCCGAACGACCGGAAAAAGAGGUUUGGUUGGAGUUUGGAUUUACAAAUUACCUUAACGGAUGUUAUAUCUCUAGAACCAAAGAACCCAACCAAACCAAGAACCGAAUGUAUAUCCAAAUUUCUAUAAUAUAGUUUAUAUAUUUAUAAAUAUUAAUUAUAUUUAGUUAUAAAAUAAUCAAAUAAUUUAAAAAUACUAUUUCUAAACCGAAAUACCCAAAAAAUUACCAUAAUACUUUUUAUCCAAAAUAUUUAAAAUUAUCCAAAUUAUCAAAUUUUUAUCCGAAAAUCCAAAACUGAUAUUUAAUCAGAAAAAUCCAAUUUUUCUGAAUUUUUAAUCCAAAUUAACCAAAAAACAAGAACCAAAAUAGGAUCCAAAAUUAUCUCGGAUAUUAGCUGGUUCUUAACUUUGUUAACCGAACCGGACCAAGAACCAAAAGAUCAAAUUGAAUUUUCUAAAUAUCUAAACGGAUCUUAAACUUCUAAAACCACAUAACCGAAGAACUAAGACCGGAACCAAAAACCGAAUGCUAGGUCUGCGUUGCGGGUCAAACUUUCCCGGCCACCCCGCGGGUUGAAUAACUCUUGUUAAAAAACAAACCAACACAGCCCGCAAAGAAAUAAAUUUAUACAUGCUCCGCCAUAAUUUGUAGAUAAUAUUAAUAAUAAUAUAAAUUUUACUUUUAUAUUUUUAAUUUUAAUUAAUAUAAAAUAUAUAUUUGUAAUUAAUAGUUUUAUAAAUUUCAUUAUUUUAUUAUUAUAUAUUAAAAAUGUUUCUUAAAAUAUAUAUUUUUUAUUUUGC